AUGGCAGAGUCAAGUCGCCCUCCAGAGACCUACGCUGCUCUAGCUUCGGCUUUCUCCUCGUUUCUCGCCGUCAGCAUACACCAGAUUCUCUACCUGCGGUCCAUAUACCCCCAGUCCACCUUCUUGUCCGUCAGGCAGUUCAACCAGCCAGUCCGCCAGUCACGGCAUCCCAAGGUGUGCAGCUGGGUCAACGAUGCCUGUGCCGCGGUCGAGACACAGCUGAUCAAGUCAACCGUCACCUCAGUGGCGAUAGUCAUACUCUCGGUAUCAUCCAAUAAGGCCGUGGAGAAGUUCACCUUUGACCUCUCUCAGAUCCCCCAAGUCGCCCCAGGAGACAUACAUACUCCAUUUGCGAGCUCCAGGCAACAGCAGCAGAGAGAAGGCAUGAGUAUACCGCAAGUCGAUCUAGAGGCGCAGUUUCGUGCCGUGUUGCACCGGCUAACCGCAGCCUGUGGGAGGUUGGCCCCUUUACCUCCGGAUGAGGAGUAUUUGCCUACUCUACAUAUGGUCUUAGGCCCGGACGCCGAUGCACCGGCCGGUAUGGACAAAGAUGACCAGCAGUGGAUAGCUGCUGAACCGGAACCUGAGCGUAUCAGAUACGGACCGGGCUGUUCUCAGGCGAAGACAGUGCCUGUACGAGCCAUUGACGCAGGGGAGAUGAAGCUCGAGGUCUGGAUUGAAGAAGCUAGGGACAAGUUUGAUGUCGAUAACCGCUCUCGAUAG